ACCUGGUCUUUUUUUAAAAAAAAAUCUGAAACAGGCAUGCUGACAGGCUGAUAUCACAUAAAAGAACUACCCCCCAACCCCCCCACAACAACAGAUCAAGAAGGACCAGAGGGGGAUUCCAUCCUGCCACAGACAUGCACUGGCAAAAAUCUUCUGCAGGUGAGCAGCCUCUGCCAUCCCGCCCAUACCAAGGGGUCCGGGUUAAAGAGCCGGUGAAGGAGUUGCUGAAGAGGAAACGGGUCAGCGCUCAAAAUGCCAAAGUUGCUCCUGAAAGCAUGGCGGUGUUUUUCCCCCAUCAGUCGCUUCCAUCUUACUCACCCACUGGACAAGUUUACUCUGAGACAGAUUUGGUCACCUCUUCACUGCCCCUGAUGGAGGAAGGAGCUCUUUAUUCGGGGUGGUUGACUCAACCUCCCCCGGGCACUUUGCAACCCCUGACCCAGUGGACCACCUCCCCGGAUUACGUGUCUCACGAAGCGGUCAGCUGUCCUUACACGGCUGACAUGUUUGUUCAGCCGGUCUGCCCCAGUUACACACUGGUGGGGACAUCCUCGGUGCUGACCUACACCUCCCAGCCAUUGAUCACAAACUUCGCGGCUCGAUCGGCCUCAAGCCCAGCUGUGGUGCCUCAUCUGGAUGCGAUGGACCAGCAAGCCCCCCUGAGUUAUUUCCCCUGGACUCAGCCGAUCCCAACUUUACCGGCAACUUCCUUGCAAUACCAGCCGGCUCCAAUGGCCCUCUCUGCCCCCCAGUUUGUCCCCCUCCCCAUUUCAGGAGCUGACCCACUCCCCCAAGUAUUAGAAGACACCAGGAAGGAGAUGGCACCUCUGACGCUGGAGAAACUUCUGCAGGGUGACACAAAUGACACGUACGAUUUAAACAACAGCCUGCCAGUUGAAGGACUCUGAACCUGGAUGCUUCUUAGCCAAGAGAGAUCCUCAAAUUUCCAUGGUUCCAUUCCUCCUUUUUUCCUCUUCUUCCUUCCUUCUCUCUCUGCCUUUCACCGUCAUUUCUAGGUGAUCCUCAGCUUCUCUUGUUUUCUUUCCAAAGUUUCAGAAACUUGGGAUGGAAACACCAGGAUCUGUUUUGGAAAGGAAGCUGCUAUUUUGAGUCUUUGCAACCAGAAAUAGCAUUUUUCC